AUGGAUAUAUUUGAAGGAAACCCAUAUGCAAAAUUUCUGCGGAAACUAAAUAAUUUUCCAUCUCUUGAAGACUUCAAGAUCAUUAUAAAUAGAGAUGCUGCAGUAGAUCAACGUGUUUACAACUCGCCAACAGUGGAUCAGGUUGCAGCUGUCUGGAUAGAGGGAAAUAAUGAUAAUGUUCCGUAUGAGAGAGAAAUAGUUGUCCAUUCACACUCUGGCAAGAAUCAUCAAGUUAAGCACUAUUUUGGUUGUUAUGAUCCUUUACAAUAUCCUUUACUCUUUCCAGGCGGAGAUGUAGAAGAUAUAUUUAAGCGAGAAAGGGAAGGUGUUAAAGCACCAAAGGCGGGAAGCGUCUCAUGUCGAGAAUAUUAUUGUUACAAGGUUAAGAUAAGAGACACUCGACAAUCUACUGUAUUAACAUCGGCAGGCCGGUUGUUCCAUCAAUAUGCUGUUGAUAUGUACAUAAAGCUUGAAACAACAAGACUUGAUUAUUUUAGAAAGAAACAAUCAGAAAUCAGAGCAGAGUUAUUCCAAGGCAUAGUCGAUAGUGUAGCUGCUGGAGAAGCAAAAGCAUGUCAAGUCGGAAGAAGAAUAGUUCUGCCAUCAUCAUUUAUUGGUGGUCCUAGAGAUAUGCGUCGUAGAUAUCUUGAUGCAAUGUCAUUAGUACAACGAUUUGGCAAACCAGAUAUUUUCAUCACAAUGACAUGCAAUCCUGAAUGGGAAGAAAUCACGGAGGAGCUACAUCCAGGACAGACACAUAAUGAUAGACCAGAUCUAACCUCAAGGAUAUUUAGAGGAAAAUUGCAAGACUUGAAAGAUCAGCUAUUUAAAAAGGAAAUCUUUGGAAAAGUUGCUGCCCAUGUUCAUGUCAUCGAGUUUCAAAAAAGAGGGUUGCCUCAUGCACACAUGUUGAUUAUUCUAAUGGGAAAACACAAAAUCGUCUCAUUAGAUCAUUAUGAUAAGUACGUAUCAGCAGAAAUUCCAAACCAUUAUGAAAAUCCAAUCCUAUAUGAACUGGUAAAAAAACAUAUGAUGCAUGGCCCUUGUGGAGAGUUAAAUAUGAAGAAUGUUUGCAUGCAAAAUGGCGAGUGUAAAUAUCACUACCCUAGAGAGUUUUCUCUGAUAUCACUACAAGCGAAAGAUGCUUACCCAGUUUAUAAAAGGAGCAAAAAUAACAGAACAAUGUUGGUUCGAAACAAAAUCCUUAAUAAUCAAUGGGUGGUACCUUAUAAUCCUUAUUUGUUGACACGUUAUAACUGUCACAUCAAUAUUGAAAUAUGCUCAGGCAUAAAAGCAGUUAAAUACCUUUAUAAGUACAUAUAUAAAGGCCAUGAUAGAGUAGCAGUAAACAUUGAGUACAAUGAAGGUGAAAAAGUUGUGAAUGAAAUCAAGAAUUUUUAA